UGACGUUAGAUUUAGAAUUUAAUGUUCGUCUGUACCGUUGCGUAGGUCAUAUGAUUCUGUCAUUCAGAGUUACGAGAAAUUGACAGAUUGUCAGUGGUCACCGAGUCAUUGUCAGUGAUUACGACGUUACGUAUGAGUGAGUGAAUACACGCAGCAGAAGACGCAGUCAACGCAGGUCUUACGUUCUCUGAAAAAAUGUCUCUUUUCGGAAUGGUUAAUCCCUUUUCCACGCCAGUAGGACAAAAGAUUGAAUCUGCUACAGAUGGUAACUUACCAAGUGAGAAUUGGACACUGAACAUGGAAAUAUGCGAUAUUAUAAAUGAAACUGAGGAUGGACCAAGAGAUGCUAUUAAGGCAAUCAAACGCAGACUUACCCAAGCAGCAGGCAAAAAUUAUACUAUAGUCAUGUAUACACUUACUGUAUUGGAGACAUGUGUAAAAAACUGUGGGAAACGUUUUCAUGCUCUUGCUUGUUCAAGAGAAUUUGUCCAGGACCUAGUUAAAUUAAUCGGUCCAAAAAAUGAGCCACCUACUGCAGUACAAGAGAAGGUUUUAAGUUUGAUCCAAACAUGGGCAGAUACAUUCCGCCAUCAGCCACAUACUCAAGGUGUUGUGCAGGUCUAUCAGGAAUUAAAGAUAAAGGGCAUACAGUUUCCAAUGACUGAUCUGGAUGCUAUGGCACCGAUUAUUACGCCAGAAAGAAGUGUACCUGAAACAGAACAAGCUCCAGUAAAUCUGGCUACAAAUGAGCAGCCUCCAUCAUUGGGUACACAACAUUUAUCACCACAGACACAAUCUGCCAACCAGUUAACUCAGUUGAAUGAGCAACAAAUGGCUAAAUUACAAAGUGAACUUGAUGUUGUUCAAGGAAAUAUGCGUGUACUAUCAGAAAUAUUGGCAUACUUGACAAGUCCAGACCAAAGUAGUAAUCAACAACCAGAUACAGCAGAUCUUGAAUUAUUAACUGAGCUUCAUUCAACAUGUAAGGCGAUGCAAGUUCGUGUUGUCGAUUUAAUUGGUAAAUUGGCUCAUGAUGAAAUGACAGCAGAAUUAUUGCGCAUUAAUGAUGAAUUAAAUAAUCUCUUUCUUCGUUAUUCGCGCUAUACAAAGAAUAAAAUGCAAAUUCCCGCAAGCACUAUACUAGCUCAAACAAUUGGUCAACCACCGAAUGUUGAAUCAACUCCAUCUCUUACUAAAAAAGAAGCAGAAUCCCUUAUAGAUUUGUCUGAUGAUAUGGACGGCAUAACGAAACAAAUGAAUGAACUCGGUGCAGCUGAAAAUGUAGAUAAAAGCAAAGUAGAGCGAAAGGAAAAGAAAGGAGAAAGUGACGAAUUCGACAUGUUUGCACAGUCACGUAAUGCAACAUAUGAGACAACAAAGAAUAGUGGUAGCAAAUAUGAGGAUAAUCAGGAACAGGUGAGAGGAGGGAGCUUAAGUACAGCAAUUCUCAAUCGCAAUAACCCUAAAUUACCACAGCAGGCUGCUUCUACUACAAAUGCUAGUCAGAACCUGGAAUCUGAAUUUAAUGAAAUGGCAGCCUGGUUAGAUCGCACGCCUGGAGCACAAGGUGAUCAGGAAUCAUUGACGUCAUCGGAAUUCGAGCGUUUCUUAGCAGAACGUGCGGCCGCGGCUGAAGCUUUACCAAACCUAUCCACAACUGCUAGCACAAACUCGUCAACUACUGGUAACCAGAACAUACAGCGCCAAAUUAACAAAGAUCAAGACAAGUCUCUAUUCGCUCUUUAAAUAUCUUAGAAAUCUUCCUGUUGCGAAAUUAAUUUGUUGGAAGAUAAAUUUAUUAAGAGUGUGUGUUUGUUCAGAUAACACACAAUUUCAUUAUUCCCUCUAAUUAAAUUGCACUCCUAAUAUCAUCGACGAUUUAAAUAUCGAUUUGUAUUUUUAACAUUAGGAGUUUUUAUUCUGUCAUAAGAUAGAGUAAAAAGAUGAGGGAAAAGGUACAUGCAAAAGAGAAGCUUUGUGCUUGUACGUACUUAAUAACAUAACAGAUAUUACAUAAUCAUGUUUGAGAUCUUGUUUCUGUUGUAAAACUAUGAUUAUAAUGUGGAUAAAUUGCUUUAAAGUUUCUGCAAAUCAUUACAACUGACUAUUAUGUAAUGGUAGUAUGUUAAGGACUAAUUUAUGUUUGUAUAUAAGUAACACAAUGCGUCCACAAAGUUAUUCAAGUCAUAUGACUUCUUGCUAUUAUAAUGCCUUGAGAUUGCAAAUGUAAAAUGUGAAAUUAUACUUGUUAGAUUUCUAAAUUGAUGCAUGAAUAUUUGAAUGAAGAAACCAGUCAGACAAUUAUUCUUCUCUAUAUAUUGACAAACUAUUUUUCUAUGUUAAAGUAAAUUCUGUCUUAACUGUUUGACAUUCUAUACAGAGAUACAUUCUACAAAAAUUAAUUAUUAUUUUUACUAUUGUAAUUCCUAUUAUUGUAGAGAGAC